CAAAAGCGAGAAUUUUCUCGAAUUUGAAGUGUCAGUGUUCAUUCGUUAAUUUAUACUAUUUCUAGAUCUCUUGAGAGCGCGACGAACAAAGAGUGUUAAUCGCGAAUUCAAUACAAUAAGUGAUACUUACGUUAAAUAAGUGCGAUUACGUUACUUUUUAUUUGCAAGUUAAUUUUUGUAUAAUCAUGGAACAGGUCAAUCAGUUGAAAGAAAAAGGUAAUGCGGCAUUAGCCUCUGGCAAUUUCGAUGAGGCGGUUAAGUGUUAUACAGAAGGUAUAAACUUAGAUCCCAAAAACCACGUUUUAUUCAGUAAUCGAUCAGCUGCCUAUGCAAAGGCCGGUAAUUAUUCUGCGGCUUUGGAGGACGCGAACAAAUGCGUGUCGUUGAACCCUUCAUGGAGCAAAGGUUACUCCAGAAAAGGCAGUGCUUUAGCUUACUUAGGCAUGCAUAAAGAAGCUAUUGAAGCAUAUGAAAAAGGCCUAGAACUUGAACCAAAUAAUCAGCAAUUGGCUGCUGGAUUAGCAGAAGUAAAGAAACAAGCAGAAGAAGCAAAUUUAAGGACAGAACAAAUAUUAGAAAAGCUCAGGGCAAACCCACAGACUAGGGAAUGGCUGAACGAUCCAGAAUAUAUGAAUAUGGUCAAGAAGUUGGGUUCUGGGUUAGACCCUUACGAUUUUGCAUCACUAGACAUGAAAAUGGAUGACAAGCGUCUCUUAACAACAAUAAGUGUGAUGUUGGGAGCGAAUCUCGGAUCACCUAUGGACGUAGACCCACCAGCUCCGGAACCGAAACCCGGCCCGCCACCAAAGAAAGAGGAACCACCUAAACCAAAAACAGAAGACUUACCUGAGCAUCGUCGGCUCGCCCUCCAAGAGAAAGAGUUAGGCAACGAUUAUUAUAAGAAGAAGGAGUUUGAUUGUGCUAUUCAUCAUUACAAUAAGGCCAUAGAACAUGACCCUACAGAUAUAACUUUCCUAACAAACUUAGCGGCAGUAUAUUUUGAACAGAAAGAGUACGAGAAGUGUAUUAAGGAAUGCGAGAAAGCUAUAGAAAUAGGUAGAGAGAAUAGAGCCGACUUCAAAUUAAUUGCCAAGGCGUUUACUAGAAUUGGUAACGCAUACAAAAAGAUGGAGCAAUGGAAGCUAGCGAAGACAUACUAUGAGAAGUCGAUGUCCGAGCAUCGCACUCCGGAGAUAAAGACGCUCCUCAGCGAGGUGGACAAGAGAAUAGCGGUGGAGGAGAAGAAGGCGUAUGUGGAUCCGGUGAAGGCGGAACAGGAGAAGGAGCUGGGGAACGAGUAUUUCAAGAAAGGCGACUACAGCACAGCCAUGAAGCACUAUUCCGAAGCUAUCAAGCGUAACCCAGACGAUGCCAAAUUGUACUCAAACCGAGCGGCCUGCUACACGAAGCUAGCGGCUUUCGACCUGGGCCUCAAGGACUGUGAUCAGUGUUGCAAGCUUGACCCCAAGUUUAUUAAGGGCUGGAUCCGGAAGGGGAAGAUUUUGCAGGGUAUGCAACAACAUGCUAAAGCACUGAACGCCUACCAGAAGGCUCUAGAAUUGGAUCCCAGCAAUGCAGAGGCCCUCGAGGGUUACCGCGCCUGUUCUACACAACUCAACUCUAAUCCCGAAGAGGUCCGCAAGCGAGCCAUGUCCGACCCAGAGGUCCAACAGAUCCUCCGUGACCCAGCGAUGAGGUGCAUCCUGGAGCAGAUGCAGCAAGACCCUCACGCGCUGCAGGACCACCUGAAGAACCCAGACAUUGCGGCUAAGAUCCACAAGCUUCUGGAGUCUGGUCUUAUCGCUAUACAUUAAAUACGAAGAUAGGAAAGCGGGAUACAAGAAGCUUGAAGUGGUUUCUAAAUAAAAAUAGCAAAAUAUACAAGUUAAAUUUCAAUAGUGUUUUCAAGUUUGUGGCAGUGAGUUUAUAAGUAACUAGCGGUCCGCCCCGGCUUCGCCCGUGGUACAUGUUUACGUUUUCUCUCCAUAAGAACCAUCCUCGUACUUCAAGGAAUAUUAUAAAAAAAGAAUUAACAAAAUCGGUUCAGUCGUUCUCGAGCUAUGCGCUUACCAACACAUUUUGCGAUUCAUUUUUAUAGUAUAGAUUACAGAAUAAGUUUAAUGUGUUAGAAAAUGGUUAAUUUUGUGCUUUGAGUUGUGUGCAAUGUGCAUGUGCAAUAGGUGUGUUCUGUCUGUAUACAAUUGAGUAUAUGUAUUUUUUUACCCGCAUUAAGAUGUAGUUGGUGAUCUCAUAUAAGUUCUAUUUAAAUUAAAAACUCAUUCUGGAAGCCAUUCUGAAGUGGAAAACUAUAUGAAUUUGCAAACAAAUAUAUCAAUUAUGCAAUUUUUUAUUUAUUGCUUUUUUUUUUAACUACCCUCAAGUUAUUUUAUUAACUCACUGCCAUAAAUGUAUACAUGAAUCGGGGCUGAUUUGUGCUUCAUAAUAUAGUCAUUGGUUAUAUUAUCUGUGCUAUUACAAUAAAUAUUAUGAGCACUGUUGUUUUUAUUGUUCCAUAUGGCUCGAAUUUUAUAUAGCAGUGCCCAAAAUGUAUGUUAGUUGUUAUUAUAAACUGAGUAAUAAAUUUAUUUUUUAUUGAUUGGCUUUGUAUUUUUAGUUUUGUCAUGAAAUCGCCGUUUUAAACACUGAUUUUUACUUAAAAUGUUCACUGAAGAAAAAAGAAUAGCAGUCAUUUAAGUGACUAUUUUUUUACAAUAAUGAAAUAUGGAAAUGUUCUAGAAUGUUCCAUCGACGUUCUUCAUGAUUUUGUGCUAAUUUCAUCAAAUCUAGGUGGAUGGAUCUUCAUCAUCAAACUAAACAAAUGAAAUUAAGUCUUCAAAAACAAUCUCUUAGAGCUAGCGCGCAAGAGCAACUUUUGUCUCCGCAACUAUUUAGUCCCUCCCAUCAACUCUAUGGGCUAGUAAGAAAGUGCGCGCACGUAGCGACACAACUCCCCAUAGAGUUGAUGGGAGAGACUAAAUAGUUGCGGAGACAAAAGUUGCUCUUGCGCGCUAGCUCUUUAUUGCCUUGAAAAACAAUUCAGAAAUGAAUUUUUUACUCCGUUUAUAAAUAUAAUGCGAUUUGUAUGUGUUCUCUAUAAAAUGCUUGCAGUGUUUAUUUUUAUAUGUAAAUAUAUAAUAGAUAAAUAGAUAGAUUGAUGUGAUCAGUACUUAAUGAGUUGAACCAAAUCGGUCCCGGAAUAUCUCAUACAUAUUAUAUUUACCGCCCCUACUUACUGUUUAUGUAUUAUAUAUGUUUGCCUUUCACUUAUAUGCUAUUUCACAUAGAAGACAUUGAAAUAAAAUCUCGAUAAACAUUUAAAUAGGUUUUUACGUAAGGGGCAUUUUGUGUGCAAGAAUUCAACUUUUUGAUCUGUUAUGUAUUUGGUUUUUUAAAUUGUAAUUGGGCUCAUAAUAGUAAAGUCUAUGUAUACUGAAGCCCUGACAUAUCCUAUAUUCUUUAAAUUCUAAAAUCUGAUUGGUUAACAAUUUUCUACUUUAUAACCAAUGGCUGCACAAUUUGUCUAUGUAACAACGAAAUCGACUUAUUUGUGAUAAAAACAUGAUACUACUUAUAGAUAAAUAUGUGAUUUGCUUCAAAAUUAAGAAUACAAAAUGUUAUUCCUUUUGCUCCAAUACCAUUCCAAUGUAUGCUUCACAAAAUAUAAUGUCAGUCCAUUUAUGGGCAUAUUUUAUGCGAUUUAAGAUAAUUCAGUGUUUAUUUUAAAACAACGCGAGUCGGCGAGUAUGUUGCAAUUUUGUAAUUUAUUCAAUAAAGAUUAUGUAGGCA